AAAUAAAAUACAAGUGACCGCAGUUGUUACGUAGCCAUAACCUACGACAGUUGAUGAAUUUUUUUACUUGAAUAUAAAAAUUUAUUUCGAAAUUUUGAAUUAAAAAUGAAAAUGAGUUACUCUAAAUUAAGAAAUUCAAAUUUUUUAUUAAAGAAUGUAAGAAAGUGCAGCACUAACAUUUCAAAUAAACCAAAAAAAUGGAAUUCUGUCGUAGGUUUAGAAAUCCAUGCUCAAAUAUCAUCAGAUUCAAAACUAUUCUCCGGUGCCAGUACCGCCUUUGGAAAGCCAGUUAAUUCCUGCGUUUCAUUUUUUGAUUGCGCUACACCAGGAACACUGCCAGUUCUGAAUAGAAAAUGCGUCGAAGCGGGUAUUCUUACAGCUUUGGCUUUGUCCUGUCAAAUUAACGAAGUUUCUUUAUUUGACAGGAAGCAUUAUUUUUAUGCGGACUUGCCAGCUGGUUAUCAAAUUACACAGCAAAGACAACCGCUAGCAGUGAAUGGGAGUUUAAAAUUUAAUGUGUACACGCCAGGUAUCCAUAAAAAGCCAUAUGAGAAGGUAUCAAAAAUAAAACAAUUGCAAUUAGAACAAGACAGUGGGAAAAGUCUGCAUGACAGUUUUAUUGGUAAAAGUCUUGUCGAUCUAAACAGAGCUGGUGUGCCUCUGAUGGAACUAGUUUUUGAACCAGAUCUUGCUGACGGUGAGGAAGCAGCUGGUUUAGUUAAAGAACUAAUGAAUAUUCUUCAAAGAUUGGAUACUUGUUCAUGUAAAAUGGAAGAGGGUGCGUUACGAGUGGAUGCAAACGUGUCGGUAAAUAGACAAAAUGAAUCACUGGGAACUCGAACUGAAAUAAAAAAUAUUGGAAGCGUGCGGGCUGUUGCUGCUGCAAUCCAAUACGAAAUAAAAAGGCAGAUAAAUUUGUUGGAGCGAGGAGAAAAAAUAGUUAAUGAAACUUUAUCAUGGGAUGCGGAAAACUCUAAGACGGUUAUGAUGAGAGAUAAAGAAGAGAAGCAAGACUAUCGUUUUAUGCCUGAGCCGAAUUUACCUCCUCUGCGAGUUAAUCUUGAUGAUGAGAACAAUAAAAAUAAUCUUGUUGACGUUCGUAGUCUUAAAUGUAAAAUACCGAGACUGCCUGAUGAAAUUCGUAAAUAUUUUAUUGAUGAAUUGAAAUUAAUUCCAUUAAACGCUAUAGCGAUUGUUAAUAACAUGAAAUUGACGGAAUUAUUUGAAGAUAUUAUGGCAGAAAAAAAUAGCAGAAGUCCUAAGAAUGUAUCGAAUAUUUUAUUGAAUGUGUUCAUGGAGUUUGUAAAUGAAAAUAACUUGAUGCUUGACAGCCUAAAAAUUUCAUCAAAACAAUUGGGACAGAUCGUCGAUUUACUAGAAGCAAAAAGAAUUAAUUUGUUGGUUGUGCCGAAAAUUCUUAGCGUAUUGAUUGAUAAUCCGGAUAAAAUGCCUGAACAAAUUGUGCAGGAGUUUGAUUGGGCGCAAAUAGAUAACGAUGAAGAGCUGAUAAAAUUAUGCCAAAAAAUUUUUGAAGAAAAUCCGAAAAUGGUAACGCAGUUCAAAAACGGUAAAGCGAAAGUACUAAAGGCAAUGCUGGGUGCGAUAGCUAAGAAAACAAACAACCGAGCCAACAUGCAGAAAGUUUCUAAAAUGAUACCCGAAUUACUGAAAAAUGAUUAGGAUAAAUGCCAAGAGUAUUUAAACUGUAAGAAGUUUGUUAAUUAUAACAAUAUAUUUAUUAUAUUUUUUUGACCCAAUUUUUAGUGUGAUGCUUCUACUAUUAAUCAAUCGUUUUUAUUAUUAAUAAAUAAAAAUUAUCUAAUAGAUACAGAGCAUUUUAUACGACCACUCAGUACCGUUAUAAAUAGAACGAAGUUUAUUUACUAGAAUUCUGCACCUCAAAAAAUAUAUAUUAGAAUAUUCAUAAGCGUUAAAAAUAUAAAAGGAAAAGAUAUUAAUAAAUAAUUGGAUCUCCAUGAAUAAUUAGGUCUCUCAGUAAGAUAAAAAAGGCUGAUUAUAAUUUUUAUAUUCACAUUGUCCUUUAUAAUUGACGUCACAAGUACAAAAUCAAGUGGAAAUAAAUAUUUGGUGAUACAAUAUUUAAGAUAAAUUUACCAUUCAAUUUACAAUUUAUCAAAGUAUGACCAAAUCAGCCAGAUUGUGAUAUAUAUUAAAUAUUAAUUUGACAUUAACCACCACGUGGAUAAAAUUUAAAGCUACUUAUUAUUUUUUGUUUACUUAUCUCUAAUUAUUAUAAUUAAAUAAAAAGUAUAAUUUAAUAUUUUAUUAACAAUACACAAUUUAAAUUAUUAGAUCAUUACCUUUUUUUUUAUUUAAAAUAUACAAAUCAUUUGUCAGUUCGUUAAUUAAAUUAUUUAUUUGACAAAUGAUUAAAAUACGUUCAAGCUAUUUCAUUAAAA